ACCCCCGGCAUCACCCAGUCGCACUUGCAUAUUCCCAUUGCAGCAUAUUGCAGCUACGGGCAGUCGUAGUUGCAAUGGCAGGUGAAGUUCCCGUUACAGUUCAAAUGCCCCUGCUCCGUUGAACCAAGGCACGUCCUCCAUAAAACCUCCGUUCCCCCACAGUAGCUCCGUCGCUGUCUCUUCUUCCUUACACCUCCAUCUAUUCCUUGCUCCACCUGAUUUUCCACAAGGUUCUUCUGUUCUUCUCUUCUUCAUACAUCCAAUUCCUCUUUCGAACUCGUCUUUGCCUCUUCUCUGGAGCUUUCUUCACCCCAAUCCGCCAAAAUGCCCGAGAUCAACACCCUCCUGUUCGAUUGCGACAACACCCUCGUCCUCUCUGAGGAGCUUGCCUUCGAGGCUUGCGCGGGUCUCAUUAACGAGAUCUGCGAGGCUCGUCAAGUCGAGAUGCGCUUCACUGGCGAGACCCUCAUCAAGGAGUUCGUCGGUCAGAACUUCCGCGGCAUGCUCACCACCCUCCAGAAGAACUACAACAUCGAGAUCUCACCCGAGGACAUGGAGACCUAUGUUCGAAAAGAGGAGGACGCCGUCAUUGCCAAGCUCAAGGAAUCUCUCCGACCUUGCGUUGGUGUUGAUGAGCAGCUCGAGAGGCUUGCCGCUUCUGGCAAGUACACUAUGUCCGUGGUUUCUUCUUCUGCCCUCCGCCGUGUCCGUGCCUCCAUCGAGAAGGUCGGUCAGGACAAGUACUUCCAGGGCGAUGUUGUCUUCUCUGCCGCCACAAGUCUCGAGAAGCCCACCAGCAAGCCUGAUCCCGCUAUCUACCUCCACGCUCUAGAGAAACUUGGCAAGAAGGCCGAGGAGGCUGUCGCUAUUGAGGACAGCAAGAGCGGCACCCUUAGCGGUACUCGUGCCGGUAUCAAGGUCAUUGGUUAUGUUGGCCCUUAUGCUGAGGACAAGCAGCCCGAGAUGGAGAAUACUUUGAGGGAUGCUGGUGCCGUUGUCAUCAUGCGACACUGGUCCGAGUUCCCUGCUGCUCUGCAGAAGAUUGAGGCUGGUGAGGUCUAAAGAAACGAGCUUUGUUAUUGAAAUUGCUUUGAGGAAUACCCAAAAUACAUAUCAGUCAAAUAGCGAAAGAGAUGGAGCAAAUAACCUAGAUCAAUUGAACUAAUAAACUUUACGAACCCUCUGCCCUGUCAUGGUAACCAUUUGAGACAAUGUUGAGACUGAGACACAAUACAGCUUAUUGUCUCAGACACAGGUCGUAUUGUCUCAUGAUUGAUUUGUUGAUCCCGAAUAUAUAUUCUAUAUGAACUGCAUCAUUUUCGCCAGUCCAUUAAAAAGCUGUUGACACUCUGUAGAGUGGCCCGGCUGGGAUUGGCGCCCGGGUAAGCUGUCAUGAUGACACCCAAUCUCGACUUUAUGAACGUCUUUGUAAAUGAGACGUCUUCUGUUGAUUUUCUGAUGUUCCCGCCGUCAUCAAAUAGGUAGCAUGAUAUCGCGAGAGCUACGCCGACUGACAGAUCUCGCCCUGAUUCGCAUGCGACUAUGAUUUGUUGCUGAUUAGGCUCUGUGGCUGAGGCAAGAUAUUUAGCAGCAAAGUCGCAUAUUUCAGGUAGAGAAGUGCGAAGGUUGCGACUAGCCAGCUUGUUUUUGCCAAGGCCGGCCUGCAUGUAAGUCUUGGAUUUUAUCCAGUUAUCUUUUGGUGUGGUGUCUUGAGUUACGACAAUGCGACACUCCGAGGGGUUGGCGGGAAGUGGUAAAGGGCAAACUGAAAGGUGUGGUGUCAGCUUUAUCUGUGUUCCUUCGUCCUUCUUGCUAACAGCAUGGUCGCUGACUAGUCUGGAGAUCAGAUCUGGCAGUUCAGCCUCUGGCGUCUUGAGAAGCUCAUCAAUAUUCUCCCAAAACAAAGGCGCUGUAAGAUCAUGCGCCCACAUCUCAGUAUCGUCAGCCGCACCUUGUAUAUAUCCUCCCUCGUCCAUCUCGCUGCCUACAACUCGGCGACUAGCCGUGCAGCAGAUGACGGGGCGGAAGUCGUCAAAUAUGGAGGAUGUGUCUUCGACAGAAGGAAGAGAUGAGUCUGGGGUUACCCAGAAUGGGCGGAGUGGUUUUGUCAGACAUGUUGGAAGAUUGAGAUUGAGUGCCUUGAAGGAAGCAACGAAUCCAGGGAUGAGUGCGCAUAUUUGGGAGUGCGUUGUUGCGGGGAGAUGAGCUGGCAGAUAGAGAUUUGCUGAGGAUGGGUUUGAGGGGAGAAGAGUGAGGUUGAGGAUUGUGCACCAGAUAGGAAUCGUCGAUGAAAGGGCAUCAGGCAUCC